AUGGAAAAUGGGUAGUAUAUAUACCAGUACCGGACAGCAAAGUUUCCAUGUACUAAAAAGAAGAAAGCAGCAGCAGCAGAAGAAGGAAUCAGAGAGACAAACAAGGCCCAAGGGAAUUGAAAAGAUAAGGAAAAAAGGAAAGUAAAAGGCUCAUCAAAAGAGAAAAUUAUCAGUAAUGAAAAUGGUGCAAGAUCAAGAACAGAUCAGAAAGGGGCCAUGGACUGAGCAAGAGGACUUCCAGUUGGUGUGCUUUGUGGGCCUGUUUGGAGACAGGCGAUGGGAUUUCAUAGCCAAAGUUUCAGGUUUGAAGGUGGAGGGAGACAAAUAAUAGGUUUGAACAGAACAGGUAAGAGUUGCAGGUUAAGAUGGGUUAACUACUUGCACCCUGACCUCAAAAGAGGAAAGAUGACUCCUCAAGAAGAGCGCCUAGUUCUUGAGCUUCACUCCAAAUGGGGAAAUAGAUGGUCCAGAAUUGCUAGAAAAUUACCUGGGAGGACAGACAAUGAGAUCAAGAACUACUGGAGGACUCAUAUGAGGAAGAAGGCACAAGAGAAAAAGAGGGCCAUGUCUCCCUCAUCAUCUUCUUCCAAUUGUUCCUCCUCAUCAAACAUCACCACAACUGAAGGAGGAGAAAGCUUUUAUGACACCGGGGGAAAGAAACCCAAGGCUUCAUCAGGAGGAAAGAAAACUGGAGGAGGAGACGAAGUGAAAGAAGACGAGAAAAGGGAGCAAAGGGAGUACUCACUCGAUGAUAUAUGGAAGGACAUCAAUCUGCCAGAAGUGAGCAGUAUUGUACCAGUUUAUGAUGGCAACCUUUCUUCUUGUCCUCUAAUGGCUUCUCCGACGCCAUGGGAAUACUUUUCCGACUCGCUUUGGAAAAUGGAUUUAGAAGAAGAGAGUAAGAAUAUGUUUCUUCCUACACCAAGUGGUGAUCACCAAUUUCUGUCAUGCUAUGAAUAUGGAAAAGCAUCUCUAACUGGCUAACGAUGAUUACGAUCUUCUUUUCUAAGAUUGGUUCAUAUAUGUGAAAUAGUGUUAAAUUAAGGAAAGCUUCUAACCUGUAUAAUAACAUGGGUCUGAUCUGCUGCACCAGCCAGCCAUCAGCUGCAGAUCACUUUGUUUAUGCAUUGCUGUAGUUCCUAUGCUCUCUUUGUCUUGUGUGUUUUUUCAAUUUCCAGUGAGGAUUGAGGAAAGAGAGAACUUCAAAGCUUGCUAUCAUGUUGGUAUGGCAUGUUCGUGAAAGUAUAGUGUAUAUGUUUUUAAGGUUUAAUUUUGAAUCAAAUUGGUGUGGUCUACCACCUUUAAAUGUU